AUGGAAAUUCGUGAACGGUACCGGUUUUUCCCGGAAACUAUUCUGUUUCUUGUCAACAUACUGAAUUUGGAGAGGGCUACUGAACGUUCUUGUCCUCUUCCGCCGCUCAUUUCAACUUUAGCGGCAUUGCAUUUCCUUGCAACUGGCACACACCACAUUGUGACGGCAGGGCUGCAUGGAAUCUCAAGGUCCAGUGUAUAUAGAGCGGUCAAGCAAUUCACGGACAGCGUGUGUCUACAUCUAAAUGACUUUGUUUUCUUCCCAAAUAUCGAAAAUGUGCAACGGACGGUGCAAAAACAGUUUUACAACAUCGCUGGUUUCCCCCAAGUGGUUGGUGUGGUUGAUGGGACACAUAUCCGUAUUCAAGCGCCUAGCGCCAACGAAGACGAUUAUGUGGACAGAAAGGGAUUUCACUCCCUUAAUGUACAGAUGAUUUGUGAUGCCACUUUUCGGUUUGUUGACGUAGUCGCAAAGUGGCCUGGGAGCGUUCACGAUUCAAGGAUCUUUCGUGAAAGCGCCAUACGUCAGCGUUUUGAAAGAGGUGAAAUCGACGGUCUUCUGCUUGGUGACUCUGGCUAUGGAUGCAAGAGGUAUCUUAUGACACCAUAUCAAAACACUGACAGUCCUUGUAAGGAACGGUUUAACAUAUCCUUAUGUCGAACAAGAGUGGUGAUCGAGCAAGCUUUUGGCGUUCUCAAGCGUAGGUUUCCAUGUCUACAUUAUGGACUUAGAGUAAAACCUGACAGAGCAGCCAAAAUAACAGUCGCGUGUGUCAUUCUUCAUAACAUUGGAUUAGAGAGGCAAGACAUGUUUUCACGAACAUGUGAGGAUGACACGGAUCAGCCACAUGUUGUUUAUGAAGGAGAUGGGUCUGGAAACAGUUACAGAGACCACAUCGCAGAAUCUUUCUUUUAAGAACAUAUAGUUAUAUAAUAACAAGGGCUGUAUGCAAAACAUGCAUGCCCCCCAUAUGGCCUGUCAGUUGUAGUGGUAGCCAUUGUGUGCAUACGUUUAUUGUCACUGUGAUCU